GUUCAAGGCUUCGGCUUUCCUGAGGACCGUCACAACUGGAAGAUGGCGGCCGCUAGUCAGACCGUCGUAUUGGAUAACGGUGGCUCCACAAUCAAAGCCGGAAUCGUGCGCACAGAUCUUGGGGUCGAUGAUGAGGUCCGGCUCAUCCCAAACGCCGUCGUGCGUUCAAAAGGGGACAAGGCGACAUUUGUAGGACAUGAAAUCGGAAGAUGCAAAGAUUACACCACCCUUCAUUACCGUCUCCCCUUCGAGAAGGGUUACCUGGUUGACUGGGAUGCGCAGAAGGCCAUCUGGGACGGCCUAUUUUCGUCAGAAGUCUUGUCCGUAAAUGCUUCCGAAUCCUCCUUACUGAUCACAGAGCCGUAUUUCAAUUUGCCAAACAUACAAGACAUUUACGACCAAUUCGUGUUCGAGGAAUACGAGUUUCUUUCGUACCAUAGAUGCACACCUGCUGCGAUGAUUCCAUAUGGCCAGCUCUUUGCAGUCGAAGGGUUGCAACCGCCGGAGUGCAGUCUGAUUGUUGACUCCGGCUUCAGCUUUACGCAUGUCGUCCCUAUCAUCAACAACCAGAUCCAGUGGCAUGCUGUCAAGAGGUUGGAUGUCGGCGGCAAACUCCUCACCAAUCAGUUAAAAGAAGUGAUCUCUUACCGACAAUGGAACAUGAUGGACGAGACAUACAUCGUGAAUCACGUUAAAGAAUCCUGUUGUUAUGUCUCCUCAAAUUUCUUCGCCGACCUGGAGACAUGCCGGUUGAAAGCGAAGAAGAGUGAAAUCGCCCAGGAGUACAUAUUACCUAACUACGAGCCAGGACACGAACUGGCACCUAUGGACCAAGUUCUAGUCAUGGAGAAUGAACGGUUUACCAUACCAGAACUCCUAUUUCGCCCCGACGAUAUCGGACUAGAACAAUCUGGGUUAUCCAGCAUGAUCGCAGCCUCCAUUUCGCUCCUGCCAGAAGAUCUCCAGGGUAUGUUUUGGGCGAACAUAGGUUUGAUCGGCGGCAAUACCAUAUUCCCUGGAUUUCAUGAGCGAUUGAUGAGCGAACUACGCAGCCUUGCACCCGUCGAGUACGACAUACAAAUAUACCGUUCCAAAGACGCUAUAACUGAAGCAUAUCGCUCAUCUCUCGAAUUUGUCAGAUCGGCUGAUUUCGCUACCCACUUUGUCACCAGAGCUGAGUACCUCGAAAGCGGUUCCCAUGCGAUUCGGAGGAAGUUCGGACACUGGCAAUCAGGAAAUAGUAACAAAAGUGGAGAAAGGGUCAUGAAAAGCUCGAGCUCCGCAGAUGUGGUGCCUCAGUUGAGCAAGAAGCCCAGUAGGUCGAGAAUUCGUACAGCCCCAUCUACUUCGUCUCGCCGCCGAUAAUCGUUUUGAAACGGACACCCGUUUUCACAGUACCUGAGUUGAGG